AUGCUCCAGCCCCCACAUGCUCUCAGAUUCACGCUCCCCUUAGACGCGCUUGUAAUUAAUCACACCACAGAAAAUGUUCCCGCUCCACCGGAGGGCUCUGAUGAAGAGAUGCUAGAUGUAUCUCCAUCUCAUGAAUCGUCCCCAGUAGCCGAAUCCCGCCACUCUUCAGAACAUGAUCCAGACGCCGACAGCACGGCUCAGCGCGACGCCGCGGAUGAGUCUCGCCCUCAAGCCAAAUCUGAUGCCAGAUCAGAGGGUGAAGUGGACGUAGAAGGUGAUGCGCAGACCAAGGUCGAAACAGAGGGAGAGAAAGAUGAAGGAGAAAGUGAGAAGGCCGAGCCUGGGGCUACCCCAGCUACUCCCAUGGUGGAGGAUGAAACGAACGUCGCAACCCCCGCAGAGGACUCAAUCCUCACUGAGGCAGCUCCAACACCCACCCACGGUCCCGGUCGUCCUGGGAUUUACCCCCGUGGAAAGCGUCGCAUUGGUCGCCCCCCAAAGAACCCUCGCCCCAUUGAGUACGAGGCCGACGGCGAAACACCGAUCCGAGUAACUACACCUGCCAAACGUCGCCGAGGCCGCCCUGCCGCCAGCGGAGGCCGGUGGGCGCGCAAUCGUGGUCCCUCUCACCUCACCCAAGUGCCCAUCGACAAGGAAGGAAACAUGAUGGAUGUCAUCAACGACGAGGUCUCAAUCCCCCCCGACCCCAUUGGGGCGACGAAGGUCGAUGAGAAUGGCCAUCUCCAAGGUGGACGCGAGUACCGAGUCCGUACUUUCAAGAUUCUCGGUCGCGGAGAUCGUCUGUACAUGUUGUCGACUGAGCCGGCUCGCUGCAUUGGGUUCCGUGAUUCGUACCUGUUCUUCCAAAAGCACAAAAUGCUCUACAAGAUCAUUAUUGAUGACGACGCCAAGCGCGAUUUGAUCGAGCGCGACCUUAUCCCUCAUUCAUACAAGGGCCGAGCUAUUGGAGUCGUCACCGCACGCUCUGUCUUCCGCGAAUUUGGCUCGAAGAUCAUCGUGGGCGGAAAAAAGAUCACGGAUGACUAUGAUGAAGCCGCUGCUCGUGAGCGGGGUGAUGUUGAAGGCGAGCUUUCCGUGCCCGAGGAUCGAAUCCCCGGCCCCGGAGAAGUCUAUAACAGAAAUCAAUAUGUCGCCUGGCAUGGCGCCAGCAGUGUUUACCACAACAAUGCGCCUUCAGUUCCGCUUGCCGGUGGUAAACCCGUGGAUGGCAAGAAACGUCGCGCUCCAGUCACUGACGAUAACUGGAUGCUUGAGCACGCCCGUGCCGCAAGCAACUACAACCACAAGCUCGCUGAUAUGCGCCGCGUCAACCUGAAUGGUGUUUAUGAUGUGCACACCAACAUCAUGCAAUACCCCAAGAUUAUGCAGCCUACCCACGCUCGCUGGGAACGUGUGCCCCCCGGCCCGGAGCUCGCGACCGCCAUUGGCCUGGCAUCUGAGAUGAACUCACUUAACAUUGAGGCCAAUGGUUCUCCCAACGAAGUCGACACUCAGGCUUUGGAAUCCAAAGAAUCCCAUGAACCUGCCGACGGCGAACCUGAAACAGCCGCGAUUCCUUCUAUCUUCCCGCCCGUUCCUCCCCAGGUCUACAACCGCUAUGUCGUUCAGGAUAUCGCCUAUGAAUCCCCGCAGUACUCGAAUAUGGGAAUUCCAGGCCCGGACGGCGAUGUGCAUGACAUCGGUCCCAAUGGUAUGAUCAGCGUUGCCGACCCUGCACACCCCGAGUUCAUGACGCCCGAGAUCCUCGCACUGCUACCACCCGAGUGCAAAGACUCUCUUGCCGAAGCUUGUGCGCGCGAAGUCGAGUGGAAGUCCAAGUGGCGCACUGAGACCCAAGAUGGGGAGCGCGUUCAACCCACUCAGAGCUACGCCUGGUACCCUUAA